CUAGAUGCUCCUGCGAGAAUCUUCUGCAGGAAAUGGAGUCUGAGGCAUGAGCUCCCACGGCUCCAGCUGCCGCCCGCCUGCAUUCCUCGGCUCGUGCCAGGCUCCCACGUCCCUCCGCAUCCAGCUCCACAAAGCCGCCUUUGACGCCUGGAGCCACGCGUCAGCGCCUAGCCACAUAGCCCGGCGCAGAGGAGGCUGGAUACCAGCUGGGACUGGCCUGCCCAGCACAGCCCCCCAUUGUCCUGGCUGGCGAGGUCCCCGGGCCGGGGCUGGAAUGUGCCCGCCCGCAUGGAUGGCUGGGGAAUUCUUGCUAGGCCAGGGCCCACGGCAGAGCAAGGAAAUUCUCCUGGCCCAGGCCACUGCCUCUCUCCCCUCAGUGCCAGCCCGUCUCCUGCCCCUUCUAUCCCCCCAUCUUUUCACAAUGCCCCCAGCUCCCUCCCCCCUCCCCCCAGGCACCCCCACAUGCUGACAGCCCCAGGGCUGGGCUCUGCUCCCCCCAGGGAAUGGCCCCCCAGGGGCUGAGCAGGGGGCAGCAGUUUGGGGCUAAGCACUGAGAGGGAGUUCGCUGGACUCUUGGAGGGCGGAGAGGAUUCCUCCAGCCCGGCCCAGCCCAGAGCUCAGGGCAGCUGUGGGGCAGAUCCACAGGAGGGCACAAGCACUGCCUGUCCUGGUGCCCAGGUGUGCCAGGGGCUCGGCGCCUCCCCCCUGCCUGUCGGCGGAUGUGUGUCACUUCCCCUUUAAGGGGCCAGCUCACCUGUGGGCGCAGCUCCCUCACCUGGCCCAGGUGACGCUGCGGGGAGCCAGGAAGGAGGAAGCAGCAGCAGGGAGCCCUGGCCAGUGUGCUCAGGCCUGGAGGGGGCCAGGCCAGGCCAGGAUCAUGUCAGCCUCUGCUGUCUUUGUCCUGGACCUCAAAGGCAAGCCGCUGAUCAGCCGGAACUACAAGGGGGACGUGAGCAUGGCAGAGAUCGAUCACUUCAUGCCGCUGCUGAUGCAGAAAGAGGAGGAGGGGGCCCUGACGCCCCUGCUGACCCACGGCAAAGUCCAUUUCCUCUGGAUCAAGCACACCAACCUGUAUUUGGUGGCCACCACCAUGAAGAAUGCCAACGCCUCGCUGGUCUAUUCCUUCCUCUACAAGGUGGUGGAGGUCUUCUCCGAGUACUUUAAGGAGCUGGAGGAGGAGAGCAUCCGAGACAACUUUGUCGUCAUCUACGAGCUGCUGGAUGAGCUGAUGGAUUUCGGGUUCCCGCAGACGACCGACAGCAAAAUCCUGCAGGAGUACAUCACCCAGCAAGGCAACAAGCUGGAGACUGGCAAAUCCCACGUGCCCCCCACUGUCACCAACGCCGUGUCCUGGCGCUCCGAGGGCAUCAAGUACAAGAAGAACGAGGUUUUCAUCGACGUCAUCGAGUCCGUGAACCUGCUGGUGAACAGCAAUGGCAGCGUCCUGCUCAGCGAGAUCGUGGGCACCAUCAAGCUGAAGGUGUUUCUCUCCGGCAUGCCUGAGCUGCGGCUGGGCCUCAACGACCGCAUGCUCUUCGAGCUGACCGGGCGCCACAAGAACAAGUCGGUGGAGCUGGAGGACGUCAAGUUCCACCAGUGCGUGCGGCUCUCGCGCUUCGAGAACGACCGCACCAUCUCCUUCAUCCCACCCGACGGAGACUUCGAACUCAUGUCCUACCGGCUCAACACGCAGGUGAAGCCCCUCAUCUGGAUCGAGUCGGUCAUCGAGAAGUUCUCCCACAGCCGCGUGGAGAUCAUGGUGAAGGCAAAGGGCCAGUUCAAGAAGCAGUCGGUGGCCAACAGUGUGGAGAUCUCGGUCCCUGUCCCCAGCGACGCCGACUCCCCCAAGUUCAAGACCAGCGUUGGCAGCGCCAAGUACGUGCCUGAGAAGAACAUCGUCAUCUGGAGCAUCAAGUCGUUCCCGGGUGGGAAAGAGUUCCUGAUGCGGGCCCAUUUCGGGCUGCCCAGCGUGGAGAAGGAGGAAGUGGAGGGACGGCCGCCCAUUGCUGUCCGCUUCGAGAUCCCCUACUUCACCGUCUCAGGAAUCCAGGUGCGCUACAUGAAGAUCAUCGAGAAGAGCGGGUACCAGGCGCUGCCCUGGGUGCGAUACAUCACCCAGAGCGGGGAUUACCAGCUCCGGACCCAGUAGGCGCUAGCCGAGCAGUGAGGCAUCCUGCCGCCUCCAUGCUGGAAGGAGGCUGCAGCCCCUGGACUGCGACGAGCCCCUUGUGACUCUAGAGAGGCCCUUUUAAGAGAAUUUUGUUUGUGUGUGUUUCCCCCUAGGCCGCUGCCCUCUGGCCUGCUCCAGGCCUGGUCCUUUCUGCCAACUUCUCUAUCGACGUAUAAAGAAAAA